AUGUCGCAAGCCGACGACGCCAAGCAUGAAGACGAUAUACAAUAUGGCUCUAUGGGAGUAACCCGUGAAGAGUUGGAGGAAAAGUAUCCAAACCGUCCAAGGAACCACUCAAAGACGCUCGUGUUCUCUGAGCUCUUUCGGGAGGUCUUCAACCCGCUCAACGAGAACAAGAAACAAAAUGCCACUGGUGCAGGCCCAAAAAAGGCUUUCCGCGGUGUCAACAAGCUCUCCCCCCAUGAACAGCGGCGGCACAUUAUUGAGCGCUUCAUCAUUCGAUGGCGGAAAGAAGUUGGUCCCGACUUCUACCCUGCUCUGCGUCUGAUUCUCCCUGACAAGGAUCGCGAUCGUGGAGUUUAUGGUCUCAAAGAGAACACCAUCGGAAAGUUGCUCGUUAAGCUCAUGAAAAUCGAUAAGAACUCCGAAGAUGGUUACAACCUUCUGCAUUGGAAGCUACCUGGCCAGACUAUGGCAUCUCGACUAGCCGGUGAUUUUGCUGGACGCUGUUUUGAGGUCAUCUCGAAGCGACCGAUGCGGACUCAGGUCGGCAAUAUGACAAUUGCCGAGGUGAACGAGCAGCUCGACAAGCUUGCGGCUUCAACAGGAGAAAUGGAAAACCUACGUGUUUUUGAGACUUUUUACAAUCGCAUGAAUGCAGAAGAGCUUAUGUGGCUUAUACGAAUCGUGCUGAAGCAGAUGAAAGUUGGCGCUACAGAGAAGACCUUUUUAGAUCUUUGGCAUCCCGACGGGGAUGCUUUGUUCAGCGUAUCGUCAAGUCUGAGACGUGUUUGCUGGGAACUCUGGAACCCAGAAACUCGCCUUGAACAAGAUGAGGCAGGCGUCGCUCUGAUGCAAUGUUUCCAGCCCCAGCUUGCCCAAUUCCAGAUGCCUGCAUCUUUCCAAAAGAUGAUUGAGCUCCUCCGACCGACCGAAGAGGACCCCGAGUUCUGGAUCGAGGAAAAGCUUGACGGCGAGCGUAUGCAGGUGCAUAUGGUCCAAGACAAGAGCCAUCCAGGUGGCAGAAAGUUUUGUUUCUGGUCACGAAAGGCAAAAGAUUACACAUAUCUUUACGGCGAUGGCCUUCAGGACGAGAACUCAAGUCUGACUAGACACCUCAAAAAUGCCUUCGCCUCGGGUGUGAAGAAUCUGAUUCUCGAUGGAGAGAUGAUUACGUGGGAUAUGGGUGUCGACAAGAUAGUGCCUUUCGGCACCCUCAAGACUGCCGCGAUCUCGGAGCAGCAAAACAAGUCGGAUACAGACUCAGCCGGUCACCGUCCCUUAUUUCGAGUCUUCGAUAUCCUCUACCUCAACAAUAAGCCCUUGACACAAUACACUUUACGAGAUCGACACCGAGCUCUAGAGAAAGCGAUAAAGCCUGUGCAUCGCCGACUCGAAAUACACAGCUACACCAGUGCAACGAAUGCCGACGCUAUCGAGCCUCUUCUUCGCGAAGUUGUUGCCAAUGCUUCCGAAGGCCUUGUUUUGAAGAACCCGCGCUCCAUGUACCGUCUCAACAGUCGAAAUGAUGACUGGCUCAAAGUCAAGCCUGAAUAUAUGUCCGAAUUUGGAGAGUCUCUUGAUUGUAUCAUCAUUGGUGGUUUUUACGGCACAGGCAAACGUGGUGGCGCUCUAUCGAGCUUCCUAUGUGGACUGCGUGUCACGCAGAAUCAUAUACAAGCUGGUGCCAAUCCUGAAAAGUGCUUCAGUUUCUUCAAAGUAGGAGGCGGCUUCCGCGGAGAGGACUAUGCAGAGAUUCGACAUCGGACAGAAGGAAAAUGGAUUGAGUGGGACAACAGGAAUCCGCCCUCGGAGUACAUUGAACUGGGAGGAGGCGAGUCCAGGCAAUAUGAGCGCCCGGAUGUUUGGAUCCGACCCAAGGAUUCUGUUGUGAUUUCCGUCAAAGCGGCCAGUGUAGGACCUUCGGAUCAGUUUGCUCGUGGCUUUACUCUGCGAUUCCCACGAUUUAGGCGUCUUCGAUUGGACCGAAGCUGGAAUACUGCUUUAUCGCUUGAGGAGUUUCAAGAGUUGAAACAGCGUGUUGACGAAGAGUCGAAGGAAAAAGCGAUGACGGUGGAGGACAGGAAGCGGCGCAACCCCAAACGAAUCAAGAGAGAACUCACCAUCGCCGGAGAGGAUACAACAGCUGCCGAGUUGACGGGGGAGACGACAGAAUUAUUCGACGGGCUGGAGUUUUGUGUUCUUUCAGAGGCACUCAAACCCUACAAAAAGACAAAAACUCAGCUCGAAGCUAUCAUUAAGGAGAAUGGCGGCACCGUCUCUCAACGAGCGAUGCCUGGCACCAAUAUGGUUCUUAUUGCUGACAAAAAGGUGGUCAAGGUAGCAAGUCUUAUCAAAGAAGGAAACGUAAAUAUUAUCCGCCCGAAAUGGCUUAGAGAUUGCCUCGAGCAGGACUUGGGCGCGUUUCUUUUGCCGUUCGAGCAUUCGCAUUUAUUCCAUGCCACGGAUGCGUUGCAAAGAGCGGCGAACGACAACACAGAUCAGUUCGGCGACAGCUACGUGCGCGAUCUGUCUAUCGAAGAGCUGAGAGAAGUUAUGAAUGAUAUGCCAAAGAUUGAGGAUGGCAUAACUUUCGACAAGGAUGAGUUCGUACAACAGCUUGAGGAGCAUGGAAAAGAUUUGGGAAACUUGAGAAGUUUAACAUUUCGACGUUGCAUAGUGCUAUUCCAUGCGGUGGAAGCUGGCGACAAAAAGGUCUCGAGGUUAAAGCAUCUCGUCAAGUACGGUGGAGGAAGUGUCACAGACGACGCCCAUGACUUGUCCAUAUCACACGUGGUGAUACAGGGAGAUGACCCAAUGCAAGUGGGCGAGGCGGCUGAUAUGGUACGAAAGGAGUUGAGCUCCAGGCGUGUACAGCCGCGAGUUGUGACAGGACACUGGGUCGAGGAAUGCUGGAAGGAGAGCACAUUACUUGAUGAGGAACGAUUUGUGGUCCCUUGA